AUGUCCUCUAUUGCCUUGCCCCCAGAGUUGAUUGAGACUAUCGUCGACGAAAUAGGAUUGCUCCAUGACAGAGGCACGCUUAAGGCCUGCUCACUCGUCUCCCUCGCCUUCGCAUUCCCAGCUCAGCGGCACCUCUUCCGAGCAGUCGAUCUAGAUAACCACAUUCCACGCAAGAAGGCAUACCAACGCUUCCACCGCCUGCUCGUUGCGAAACCCCACCUCGGGGCAUACGUGCGCGAGCUGCGGCUCGGCGACGACUCGGAGGACGACUUCGGGAGCGGGAAGUCGUGGAUAGUCCAGGCGAAGACCCUGCCGCGUACGCUCGGUCUCCUACCCAGGCUGGAGGCGUUUACGCUUACGUUCAACGCGGAGCAAACGAACUGGAAGGCGAUUCCCGCAGAGACGCGGUCUGCGCUAGGCCACUUGUUCCGCCUGCCCAGCCUACAGGCCGUUUCGCUCGAGUUCAUCAAGGCCUUCCCGCCGCAGCUCCUUCUUUCUCUCACACGCCUCAAGCACCUUUCACUUUCGUGUGUCGAAACGGACAUGUCGACGCCCCUUGCCACAUACAUCCACACACGUUGGGAAUCCAAUUUACAGUCGUUGUUCCUAAGGGGAACUUCCCCUCCCACCGUCGAGAUGAUUGGACAGGCACUCGCCAGCUCACCGCCCCACUCCCUUCGUAGGCUGGCUAUCACGCCUACCUUCGAGCACGGGUUCAGCGACGCCGUAAGCGACUUGAUAAAGACAGGCGGGUCGUGCUUGACUGCCUUCGAAUGGCUGCCUUCGAUCCAUUUCUCCUCAUCUGCGGGUUCGAUUGACCUGGGCCUGCUCCCCCAGCUCCGUCUCCUACGUUUCGUUGUCAGUUUCAGGAAGACAUAUGCCCAAGGCCCAUUCCCCGAAGUCGUUCGCCUCCUGUCCCAACUCGUUGCCCCACAAACCGUUAAUUCCACCGCGAAUAUCGUCGAAAGUGUCACGAUAGACGUGCACUGUGUCAGGAACGUCGAUGGAAACAAACUCCAGACCGAGUGGAAGCCGAUUGACAAGGUCCUCACCAAGCCGGCCUUUCGACGGUUGAAGGAAGUUAAAGUUCGGUUGAGCACCAGCACGAGUUCCAGUGCAGAUCGCCACAAAUUUACGCUCGCCUUCCAGGAUAUUUUGCCGAGGUUGCAGGCAAAGGGCGUUCUCCUCUCUGUCACAAAUUACCAUGAAGUCGAAGAUGCGAAAGCAUUGCUCGAUGGGCUUGAAGGGUUGUAA